UUUUCUCACAAGCUCACUCCCGGACUCUCCGGCUCAGUUCUUCGUCCCGCGGCCGCUUCCACUCGAGUGGAUUCAUGCUCGGCCCUCACCCUUUUUGCCCGCCAUGCAGAACAACCACGCCAAAGAACACCUCUACAAAAUCCUGGUCAUUGGAGACCUGGGUGUGGGCAAAACCAGCAUCAUCAAGCGCUAUGUGCACCACAAUUUCAGCCCAAACUACAGAGCCACCAUCGGCGUGGACUUUGCCCUCAAAGUGCUCAACUUGGACCAGGAGACUGUGCGCCUCCAACUCUGGGACAUUGCAGGUCAAGAGAGAUUUGGCAACAUGACCCGCGUAUAUUACCGCGAGGCAAUGGGUGCCUUCAUUGUGUUCGACGUGACAAGGCCCGCCUCCUUCGAGGCAGUCACCAAAUGGAAGGAAGACUUGGACUCCAAAGUGACACUAGCCAAUGGAAAGCAUGUGGCCACGGUGCUCCUGGCUAACAAAUGUGACCAGGGCAGGGACGUAGUCACCAAUAAUGGAAUAAAGAUGGAGCAGUUCUGCCAGGAGAAUGGAUUUGUGGGAUGGUUCGAAACAUCUGCUAAGGAAAACAUCAACAUUGACGAGGCGGCAAACUGCUUGGUGAAACAUAUCAUUUCCAGUGAGAACGACAUGCUCCAAUCGGAAGUCCACGACACCAUCACCCCCCACUUAGAGACGGACAAAGGCGGGACAUGCUCCUCCUGCUUCAGAUCGCAGUAAUGGCUCGUGACGCGUAGGCGUCCUUGUGUAUGUCAUUCCAUGCAAAGUUGGUCCGUGUUGCAAAGGCUGAGCUUGGUGAUUUUUAGGGACAAUGUUUUUUUUUCCCCUCUGACAGCUCGCUUUAGCAGGGGAAUGAGCGGGUGAAAGAAAAGGUUGCGGAAGAACAAUAGACGAGCCUGCGCGUGCCUGUCAAAGACAAGGUCACUCGCAUCUUUAGCACUUCUGUAACCAUGGAAACGCAGUUACUCAAUGAACGCAUGCUCAGAGCGAGUGCAACAAAUGAGAGAAUAUCUCUGCUAAAGGUUCAGAUCUUCAAUCCAUGUUGGCUGUCACUCCUCAUGACCUUUGCAUCUCAGUCUCUCGCCCACACUUUGGUUUCCUUCACUCGAUUGUUUCAUUUUCGGUCUCCUUUCUGACUACAGAGUGUGUUCCUUAUUGCCUUUGCAAUGAUACAAAGAAGCCAACAGCAAAGUCAUGACAGACUUUCAUACACUACCCGGAAGAGCUGCUUGCCUAACAGGCACAUUUCUUGCUCGUUUGUAAGGCGAAACAUUACCACACACAGGCACUUGUGGGUGUUCCUCUCGAUGAUAUCGGGCUUCACAUGACGUAAGUAUGCUGCCAUCUAAUAUGUACAUACAUCACAAGCGUUGCCACCAUUCAAACAUUCCUCUGACACGAGUACACGUGACAAUAUGAUUCGAUUUAUUCUUAGUCAAAUCUGUUUUUAACAGACCGUUAGCAUCUCAAACGGAGUCGUCAUCCAUUCAUGCACAGUCCUAACGUAACUGCACUGCCCAUGAAAAUCAAUUGUGAUGGGCGGAUACGUUAGAGGACUGUAAUUCUCAUGAUUACUAAGUUCUUUAUUAAUAAACGGUCUUAGACGUUACGUUAGAGGAUUGUAAUUUUCAUGAUUACUAAGUACUUUAAAUAUAGAUGCGCUUAGAGGAUAUGAAAACAUGAUAUUUGUAUACUCUGAAUAGAUUUGAAUAUACUUCCAAAAUUUAAUAACAACUGUUUUAAAAAUUAGCACAACAAAUGUAUUUUACGCUUUGGUGGUUUCUGCACUCGCUACAACAUGCUUUGCAAUUAUUGAGGUGGUACUAGCCAAAGAUCUGAAUAGAAGACGAGAUACGCCCCGCUAUGCGACAUGCCUACGUAGGGGCCACAUCAAUGGCAAAGCAUGGAUAAUAAAAAUAAUUCACAUUUCUAAUUGAAGUUUCAUUUUUUAGUUUGGUUUACUUUGUAGCAAAAAUGACAGAAUGUGAGAUCAAAACAGAGCAAGUGAAAACAGACUAAAAAUAAAAUACCAAUCUUACCAUUUCCCCCAUUACCGUGCAACACAAUAUAUAAUUGGUCUACAGAGAAAUCGGGCAUAGGUUCCAUUGUUUGGAAUGCAAAUAAAUGCGUACAUGUUUUAAUGCUUUAAUUCAUUAAUCGUAAUUAAUAUAUAUAUAUAUAUACAUGCACAGUGAUUCCUCACUACUUCGCGGUUUGUUUAUUGCGGCUUCACUGCAUUGCGGAAGUUGUUAUAAGAGUUCUAAAAACAUAUUUGCAGUGUUCUACUUUGUCAUAAAAGAGGUUGUUAUAAUAAAAUACUUCUGAAAACAUAUUUACAGUAUUGUACCUUGUUAUAAAAAGUUGUUGUGAAAAUGAAAGAGUCCUAAAAUCAUAUUUACAGUAUGUAUACCUUAGCUACAUUGACAUAUACCGUAUUUUCCGGACUAUUAGGUGCACCUUCAAUACAUAAAUGGCCCAUUUUAAAACUUUGUCCAUAUAUAAGGCGCACCGGACUAUAAGGCGCACCAUUAAUGCAAUCACAAUAUAAUAACUUGAAAUAGUGAAAACAAUAACAAUAUAUCAAUAAUGUUAAUAUCACACAACACAAAAAAUAAACAUGUAAAGCUUACUUUAAUAAGUACAAAACAAAACUGUCAGAUAGAUGAGUAAACUUUAAAAGUUAAAGAUUAAAAUAAUAACAAAACAUUUUUUGAAAGUUUAAUGAAUUAGGAGGGUGCGGGUCGAUUCCACCUCCGGCCCUCCCUGUCUGGAGUUUGCAUGUUCUCCCCGGGCCCGUGUGGGUUUUCUCCGGGCACUCCGGUUUCCUCCCACAACCCAAAAACAUGCUUGGUAGGCCAAUUGAGCACUCCAAAUUGUCCCUAGGUGUGAGUGCGAGUGCGUAUGGUUGUUUGUCUCUGUGUGCCCUGCGAUUGGCUGGCAACCGGUUCAGGGUGUCCCCCGCCUACUGCCCGAUGACGGCUGGGAUAGGCUCCAGCACGCCCGCGACCCCCGUGGGGACUAAGCGGUACAGAAAAUGGAUGGAUGGAAGUUUGUUUUAUUGUUGUUAUUGUUGUAUGAAUAAGAAGGGUAAUAUUGGUGUUUGUGACUGCAGUAAACAGGCCAGGUUGCAUCAUGUCAGAUUUUUAAUCCAAAUCAAAUCAUUCUCCAUUUUAUCUUUUUUAUUUCAACUUCAGACGCAACAAAUUACUUUAUAAUCACAAAAUAAUGAUCCAUAGUCUUUUUGAUUCAUGAUUCAUAGUCUUCAGCGGGCCACUUAUGAUUGACUUUAUGACGCAAUGCUUUGGGCCAGUUUAAAUUUUGACCGGAAUUUGGUCCAUCUAUAAGGCGCACCUGACUUUAAGGCGCAUUGUCGGCUUUUAAGAAAAUUUGAGGUUUUUAGGUGCGCCUUACAGUCCAGAAAAUACGGUACAUCUACAAAAUGCGCAUAGCACUGCUAUGGUAACAUGUGACCACUAGAGGUCCCUUUUUAACUAAGGUUAACAACAGAACGUUACAUCGACAUAUGUUACACACCCACAUACAUAUAAGAUUUAUAUUUUCAAUAUUUGUGCAAUCUUUUCUGUAUGUUAUUUAUACUAUUAUUAUAUUAUGUACUUGUUUGAAACUAUUAUUUAAUGUUCUAAUAAUAACAUAUGCACUUAAAUGGUUUCAUAUACUACAUUUAUUGACACAAACAAAUGUACAGAUGAGAGGGUGACCCUACUUCGCAGAUUUCCCUUAUUCCGGGGUGGUUUUGGAACCAAUUAUCCGUGAUAAACGAGGGAUUACUGUAUACAUAUGUACAUAUAUGUAUUUAUGUGUGUACAUAUAUACCCGUACAUAUAUACCAUAUCGCCCAAAUAUAAGACAACCCUGGUUAUGAGACGACCCCCUCUUUUUCAAGAUUCAAGUUUGAAAAGAGACUUUAUGAACACCAAAUUUAAUUUUUAUACAGAAAAUAAUUAUAGUACAUCUGAAACAAAUGAUUAUAACUAUUUAUUUAUUUUGCCUCAUUCAAAUCAUGCAAAAACUGUCUAUCACAUCCUAAUAUCUGAACAUUUAAAUAUGUAAACUAAAGUCCAAUCACAUUUGUAAAUGAAUGGCUUCUGGUUUUUGAAAUGUAAAUAAACCAAUCUACUGUGAUAAAACAACAAAAUUGCAAUAACUGCAUUAACCAUCAACGUGAAGUCUAACUAACUGUCGUCUUGAAACAAAUCUGAAUAUGGAAAAACAUUGCAAUAAAAUAAUGCAAACUGGUUUAAUCUUCGACCCACUUUUCUCCAGAUUGUCGCUAUGUUUCUGUAUUUUCUGAUAUCUCUUCUUUUAUUUUCUUACUAUACUCUUUCCUUUCUUCCCACUAUUUUUUUUUCUUCUUCGUGCUACCGCUAGUUCAGCAUUCACUUUAAAGAUAUCUGGUGCCAUCUAGCGUUGUGAAUGGGUAUAAUGUCUAGACCCGAAUGUAAGACGACUCCCACUUUAUCUUGUGUCUUAUUCCAAUGCAAAAAAUAUUCGGGCCAAAACGAUGUAUAUAUAUAUAUUAGGGGUGUAACGAUUCAUCAAUACACAUCGAUUAAUCGAUAUAAUGCUCUACGAUUUAUUGGCAUCGAUGCUAAACGUAAACAUCGAUUUAUAUCGCCGUGUUUGACCUCGGACAUUAGACACGACUUUAUUUUGAAAUCCAGUUCAUUGUUGCUUGCUUCCUCUUUCCGGGAGCAGUGUGCGGCGUUGUUGUGUUGUGAGCAGAGCAGGCACGUGAAAGGGGAGUCGACAACUAGUACGCGGCUCCUGGGCUGGUGCUAUGGCUAGUGUCCAAAAAGACGAGGAAAUUUGCUCCCCUUUAGGGUUCAAGUCAUUCGUUUGGAAGCACUUUGGAUUCCAAAGAAAAGAUGGCUCAACGGAAAAGACACGUGCAGUUUGUAAAUCCUGCCAUGCGGUGAUCAAAUAUUCAGGGAGCACAAAUCUCGCCGCACAUUUAAAGAAAAAACACGACAUCAAAGUUCAGUGUUAAAAUAAGCACUUUGUAUACUACAAUACUCUUGUAAUUUCCUAAAUAAAGAGUUUGGAGUACCUUGUUGAUUUUGCGUAUGAAUUUUUAUAAAUCAGGAUAUUGUUCUAUAUUUUUUAUUUAAAAAAAAAAAAAUCGAUCGAAGAGCACUAUAUCGCGAUGUAUCAUGAAUGAAUCACAGCAGGCUUUAAGAUAUCGGCAAAUUUCGUAUCGUGCUUCUUUGUAUCGAUAUGAUAUUGUAUUGUCACAAAACCCGCGAUUUACACCCCUAAUAUAUAUAUAUAUAUAUAUAUAUAUAUAGUUUCCAGGGCCGCGGCUAAGCAUUUUUACCGGAUCAUGGAGCUUCCAGCAGAGCUCCAGCCGGUGCUCCUGGUGGCUCUCCGCCUAACUUUUUACGCCCGGGGAGGCUUCCAGGGACGCGGCUAAGCAUUUUUACCGGAUCAUGGGGCUUCCAGCGGAGCUCCAGCCGGUGCUCGGAGGGGAUUGUGUGUGAAAUAUAUAUUCUAUUUGCAAUGUCCAUAAUUCGUAAUAUUUGUAAUUAUUUGAUGAAUGAAUACAAUAUUGACACAAACCCCUAUGUCAUACCAACAGAUGAUAGAACCAAAGAUGUGUCCAUUUCUUCACGAGAAUAAACAACUUUCGUAUCUGC